AUGGCUCUUGCAGUCGCCGUUUACUCACUGUCGAGCCGCGCAGCUCAAAAUCUCACGUCGAUUACGACAGAAUGUCUUCCAUCGUGCGCAAAUCAGUAUAGAAGUCUAGCUGGCAUAGUUCUGAGCUGUCUCAUCACCGUCUUCUUGUGUAUCUGGGUGGCCCUCCAUCUCAACGUUCCAGAGCCUGUGGACACCAGAGACAUGAGAUACUUGGUUCGGUUCAAGAUCUGGAUAGGAUCCUCCUUUCGAUGCAUCGUGGUUCCGAUUUGUGUGACAUUGGUAUUCCCGGAAUGGGUUCUGGGAAUAGCUGUUCUCCAAUUCUCCAAGGCCACUCGACUGGCCCAAAAGAUUCGUGAACUGCAGAAUGGGGAGGCUAAGGUCACUCGUCAACACGGAUUCUUCAUCCUAAUGGGUGGCUUUCACCUCUUUAGACAAAUCCACCCCCCAUCUUUGAAUAAUUCUAGAGAGGAAGCCGGAGAGGGUGCUCACCUAUUGGCCAAGAAAUCGGCUGCAGAAGCGGGAGACAGUCGACAUGACCAAACAUCCAGUGGCAAGACUUCUCUGGUAGAGGAGUUCGGAGAACCUUUGCAUCCUCUCGACGAAUUCGAUGUAUUUCGCCUUCUCAAGGAUCGCAAACUUCGCCUCCCUACCUCUGCCGAACUGCAGGACAAGUGCAAGAGCGAUGGACUUGCAAAGUUUCUGGUUGUAGUCCAAACACUCUGGUUCAUCGCUCAGUGUAUCGCACGGAAAGUCAGCAAACUGCCACUCACCGAGCUCGAAGUCAUUACACUCGGCUAUACUCUACUCACCGUGUCAAUGUACAUUGCAUGGUGGGACAAGCCAUACCGGGUGACAUUCCCCGUACGCGUGUAUGAAACACUCCCAGAACGUACAAACGAGCAAAAGGGGUUGAAGAGGAGGAUGGAAGAAGGCAACUUUGUGGUGAUAGCCCUUGCACACGCCACGGGCUCUCAAGGAGAGCUCGUCGACCUACGGAGUGUGAAACGAGUCCCCAUGUUUUACUCUGGGUACAAUGAAACACAGUGGAAUGUCAGCAAUUUCGCCAGCAUUCUGACCACAAUCAUUGUUGGGACGUUGUUUGGUGCUGUCCAUUUUCUAGCGUGGUCGUCGCCAUUUCCAUCCACUCAUAUGCAGUUUCUCUGGCGAUUCGCAGCGAUUAUCAUGACUGCAGUCCCACCUGCAGCGGCCGUAGGCUUUAUUUUGGUUGGACUUAUGGCCAUGGUAUCCGAAAAACUGGGUGCCUUGAUACUGCUCCCCUUACUGCUACUACCACCCUUGUACUUUGUUGGAAGAGGUAUAACAAUCGUGCUUGCAUUGGUGACGCUUGCGACGCUCCCACUCGACGCGUAUAGAGAUGUGGAAUGGUCAGACAUUUUCCCCCAUAUCUAG